AAAAAUGAAGAUCCUGGUAGAAUGGGUGAAAAGUAUGAGUAUAGUUACACUGCUCAGUUUGGGAACUCUUCUCAGGGUUAUAUUAAUAGGAUACAGUCAGUACCAUGAUAGCACAAGUGAAGUGAAAUAUACAGACAUUGAUUACACAGUGUUCACAGAUGCGGCAAGGCAUGUGAAUGAGGGUCGGUCACCAUUUGAAAGACACACCUACAGAUAUUCUCCUAUAAUAGCGUACCUGCUCACCCCGAACAUAUUUCUGAGCCCUGUCUUUGGGAAGCUUAUAUUUGUCGUCUUCGAUAUCCUCAGCGGGUUCCUCAUAUUCGCGGUUGUAAGACAACAGAUUGGAAUUGAUGAAGGGACAGCAAGAUUAUCGGCUGCAGCUUGGAUUUUCAAUCCCUUGGUAAUGAAUGUUUCUACCCGUGGCUCUGCUGAAUCUAUAAUUGUAGCUCUGGUACUGCUUACAGUAUUCUUCUAUAACGAGAAACUGUAUGUUCUGUGUGGAUUAUUCUACGGUCUGGCAAUUCAUAUGAAAAUUUAUCCAAUUAUUUAUUGCUUAGCUCUCUACGCUCCUCUCACAGACAAAUCAGGAUUGUUUUCUGUUUUUCAUCUUACCAAGCCUAGACUCAGAUUGGUAUUGAGCACUGUGGUCACUCUCAUCUUUUUUACUGGAUUGUUUUACCACAUAUACGGAGAUAUUUUCAUUAAUGAGGCAUACCUUUACCACAUUACUAGGAAGGAUAUCAGACACAACUUCUCAGUCUACUUCUACAUGCUCUACCUCACCGUAGAGUUCGAUGACAUAGGCCUAAAUAUUUUAACAUUUCUGCCACAAGUUAUUCUGCUUCUAGCUCUAGUCUACAGGAAAAUAUUUAUUCUAAUCAAGAGUACUAUGAUACGCACUAUACAGGGUGUCUCACGAAACUUGACAGCAGUAAGACGAAUUAAAAAUUCUCUUGGGAUUUCCAAAAUGUGGUCUGCCUCUGUUGUGCUUUCUAAAAACAUAUUUAAGGUUGUAACGGCUCAAUACUUCCUGUGGUACUUUUGCCUUCUCCCCCUCGUAGCUCCACAUCUCAAGCUGACCAACAAGGAAAUAUGUCUUGGCGCAAUCCUCUGGGGGUUUGCUCAGGGCUCAUGGCUCCUCCCUGCAUACCUCCUCGAGUUUAAAGGAAAUAACACAUUCUUCUUUAUCUGGAUUGAGAGUUUAGCAUUCUUCUGCGCAAAUGUUGGUAUCUUGGCCAAAUUGAUCAGGAAGCAUAGAGAGAGGAUGGAGAGGAUAGAGAAGGCCUGCAAUAUUCAGAAAAUUGAUUGAUCAUAACUAUUUAAGAGGGUAGAGUUAGUGUAAAUCCCUUAGUCUCAAGUUUAAAGUUAGACCCAAUUUGGUGAGUUUUAUCGAAGUUAUUUACUGUUUUAAAACUAGACUUUAAAAUUACAUAACCCUUUCUCAAUAGAACCAUAGUCUUGAGGCUUUUUUGAUUAAGAUUAUUCAAAUCUGAGCUGGGGCAUUUAUUUUCCGGCAUAUUUAAGUUAUAUGUUUGUUUAUGUGCUAGUGCUGUACCUUAACCAGUCAUAGAGAUUCUUAAAGAAUUAUACAAAUUAUAAAUGAUAAUUUCAAAAUAUUGAAUAAUGGGUUUUUAAAGUAAGUUUUAGUCACGGGUUUGUUUUUCUAUCUUAAAAAUGACACCUUUGAGAAUCUGCCAUGCCCAUGUAACAUUUUAAAUUGACGCCUUUGAGAAUCUGUAAUGCAAAUUGUAACUUUUUAAAUUGAUACCUUUGAGAGUCUGUAAUGCAAAUUGUAACUUUUUAAAUUGAAAUUACGUUAAAGGCUUCCUAAAAAUGAUCUCGUAUGGUUUGUAACAUUUGAACCUCUAGUCAAAAUCGUGCCAAAAAUUGCAUUUAAUUGUGAUUUUUUACAUCUUAUCGAUAUAUUUAUUUAUUAAUAUUAUUAUGUAUGAUUUUUAUUAUUUUUAACUCCCAGAAACCAAAUUUUAAAGUUAGCUAAAUAUAAAGCAGAAAUCUGUCAAAAGCUAAAAAAAUACAUCUUUUUCAAAAUAAAAAAAAAUAAUUAUUUGAUAAAACACAUCAAUAAAAACCCGCUGAUAAAAUCAUAUUUCGUCCUAACUCACUAAAAGUUUAUAAUAACGCUUCUACUCAAAAUAACAUUUAAGAAUUUAUUAGAACAUUAUUAUAUAACAACUUUUUAGAAUAGAAUAAUUCUAGGUUUCUAUUAAAUGUUUUAGCGCCAAUUUUAGGAUUUUUUGUUUUGUUUGUAUUAGUUCAGGUUACAAACAAACUAAAGUUCGUACUAGUUCAGGUUACAACCAAACGAAAGUUCGUACUAGUUCAGGUUACAACCAAACGAAAGUUCGUACUAGUUCAGGUUACAACCAAACGAAAGUUCGUAUACUAGUUCAGGUUACAACCAAACUAAAGUUCGUACUAGUUCAGGUUACAACCAAACGAAAGUUUGUACAAGUUCAGGUUACAACCAAACUAAAGUUUGUACUAGUUCAGGUUACAACCAAACUAAAGUUCGUACUAGUUCAGGUUACAACCAAACUAAAGUUCGUACUAGUUCAGGUUACAACCAAACUAAAGUUCUUACUAGUUCAGGUUACAACCAACUUAAAGUUCGUACUAGUUCAGGUUACAGCCAAACUAAAGUUAACACGUUAUCAAUUCACAACGGAAUAUUUUAAUCUGUUAAAAGCAGUGCUGAUUUUGAUCCAGAUCCUUGAGCGGCUCUGGAAAAAAAUGGAUCCGAAUCCAGGUCAUGAAAAAUCUUUCAGAUUUAAUGAUUUAUUGAACAAGAAGAAGUUUAGAAUUGAUUUCACUCUAUUCUUCGCUUAUUUUUAUGCUAAAACUUGAUGAAGUUGAGGAAGUUUUUGAUAAUAUCUUUUUUUUAAGUUCAAAAGUUUUUUUGGAUCCGGAUCCAGGAAGCCAAAAUGUUGCGGAUCCAUAGGAUCCGGAUCCUAAGCACUGCUUAAAAGCUAGUGUGGGAAGAGGGUCUAUGAUUCGACAGAUCUAUUUCUAUCGCUCAAAAUCUGUUAGAAUUUAAGUUCAAUUUUAUGUAAUCAGUAACAGGUUAAGAUAAGAAUAAAAAUGCUCAAAUGUGUGUUAUGUAAUAAGGUAUGUAUGUUGUAUAUUGUAUAGUUUAAAAAAUUACAAAUUUCAGA